AUGAGCGAGCGACCGCUCAAGAGGUCGGCUGGAACGCGUGGUCAUCGCAGUGCCCCCGUGAUCCUCGCAGCUGGCGAGUGCCUCCUCGAUGGCGAUCACCUCCACCAUGCCGAGCACUGCCCCAUGUCACCCAGGGCCUCGCCCACCUCUGUCAGUUCACAGAACGUCUCGCCCAGAGAGCAGAUUCUGGUCCAAGCCAUGGACCGUUUGGCUGGCAUCGACAUACGACGCACCUUUGAUCUGGAUGGCAGUGGCUUUGUCAGUGCCGCCGUGCUUAGGCGCUCAUUGUCCGCAUUUGACCCGCAAGUCUUCAACGCGCAAUGCUUGCAAGUUCUGCUUGGGCCGGCGCAAAGCGAGUCGGCGACGCAGCUGCAGAAGGAAACCUCUUGGUUUGGGUGUAUGGAGGAGUCCAGGACCUCUCCAGACUGA